AUGGCUUCCAUGGGGUUCAGCUACGCACAGGUACACGUGAAGCAAGAGAGACUGAUGAGGAGGAUCAGCGACAGCAAGAGGGCUUCGGCAACGGCGACGAUAGACAAGUCGAUGACCCGAGAAGAAGAGAAGAUGAAGGAGCGUUUCAUGGGUGAAGAGGAGAAGAAGGCCACUUGCAACUCAUGGACCGCCGGGAGGGUGCAUCCAUGCACGUCUAAGACGUCUUCCCCGGCGGCUGCGGCGCCAAAGGGUGGGCACCGAUGA